AUGUCGAGCAUCCCAGUAAAGGAGAACGGCGGAGUGCCAUUUCCCUAUCCGAUGCUAAGUCCUCACAAUUAUACUGUGUGGGCAAUAAAGACAGAGGCGAUCCUUGAUGCCCAGGGAGUCUGGGAGGCGGUGGAGCCAGCGGAAGGAGCCCAGGUGGAUGCAAAGAAGGACAAAAAGGCACGUGCAUACAUCCUCCAGUGUGUCCCCGAAGACAUCCUUCUCCAGAUCGCAACAAAGAAGACGGCGAAGGAAGUCUGGGACAGCCUCAAGACGAGGUACCUUGGUAGUGAUCGGGUGAAGAAGGCACGUGUACAAACAUUGAAGAGCGAGUUCGACGCUCUCCGGAUGAAAGAGACCGAAACGAUUGAUGAGUUUGCUGGCAAACUCAGCGCCCUAAGCAGCAAGUUCUCUACCCUUGGUGCCACGCUUGAAGAUUCCUCGUUGGUAAAAAAAUUGCUCGAUUCUGUUCCUGAUAAAUUCUUUCCUAUUGUUGCUGGUAUUGAGCAAUUCUACGACCUUGAGUCUAUACCAUUUGAGGAGGCUAUAGGGCGACUCAAGGCGUACGAAGAACGAAUGCUACGACUACGCAGCAACACCAACGGCACUGAAGGUGAGCUCCUAUUAACCCAUGCCGAAUGGCAAAUGCGACAGAAGGGGAGCAACGUGGACACUUCGUCAGGAGGAAAGGGGCGUGGGUCCAGCAGCUCUAGUCGUGGCAAAUGGCGUGGACGUGUGCGAGGGCGCGGUCGUGGUCUUGGUACGCAACGCCAUGACAGUGCAGGAGGGACUAGCGGCAACAACAGUGGCACUCGAGACAAGAGACAUAUAAAAUGUUUCAAUUGCGAGAAAAUGGGGCAUUAUACGUCCGAAUGCUACAACAAGCGGCGUGAUGAUGAGGCUCACCUCACUUGUGCCACCGAUGAAGAGCCGGCACUGAUGAUGACCGUGUCCCACGAGGAGCCUGACACUAGGCAUGAGCGGCAGGAUACCAUUCUGCUCAGUGAAGAUAGGUUGCUACCGGAGAUGUACCGCGGCGUUAAGAAAGAAGAUAAAGACGUCUGGUACCUUGACAACGGUGCCAGCAACCACAUGACUGGCCAUCGCGAGAAGUUUUAA